UCAUCAUGUGAAUCGCAGCAGUUUCCCAGAGUGCAGUGUGAGCUUUGCCCCACCCCGUGUCUCAGCCCUCAUUUCCAAGCCGUGAGAAAUAAGCAAAAUACUGCAAGGAGCAGCAGCAGCAGCCGCGGCGGCGGUACCCCUCCUUCCUGCCUUCACCACCCAGGGACCGGGGCACCCCAACAUCCCCCCCGCCCCCAGGGACACCAGCCGGGGGGGCGGAGGACAAGGCCAUCCACAGCAAGAAGAAGGGGGGUCCUGCACCAGAUCGGAAAUCAUUCCCGGAGACACCCCAACAAUCAGGAUUAUACCAUCUAACGCCCCCCCCCCCUUUGGAUUAUUCUACAGGACCUCAUCUCAGGAGGGGGGUGCUGUGUGCACCCUGUGACCCGGACAACCCCCGCUCCUGACCCUCUUCCUCCUCUCUCAUGGUCACUGGGCCCGGAGACGUAUUACCGGGGCUCCUCGGUCUGGGGGUCCCUGUUCAGGAGAAUUAACUCAUUCAGCGCCAGCAGGCCACCCCCACGCUCUAGUUACCUGGCCGCGCCCCCUACCGGUGACAUUGCGGGCUGCCCCCUCCCCCCUUCCCUGUUCCUCUGAUCAAUAUCGGGGUGCUGCCCCCCCUUUUGCCAGGGCUCCCCACCGUGCGGGCAGACACCGAGAGGAGGAGAUACCGGGCCACCAUUUUAAGACAGGAAGAAGCUGGAGAGUGGGGGAGGCAGCCUGACACCCCACCUCCUGCCUCUAUUAGGGGGCCCGCCGCUGCAAAUGGUUAAUUUGGGGGCGUGUGACCCCCGCACAGCUGUCAUUGAUGAGUGACAAUUACCGGGCUGAUUAGCGGCCUGCUUUAUAGUCUCCGGGGCGGGGGGGGAGACAGAGGCCGCUCCUGCUGCUGCUCGGGAUUGUCGCCGUGUUUUAUCGGGGGGAGGGGAAGAAACCUUCUUUUUUUUAUAUUUUACCGUCUGCCGCUCUCGCAGAGUGAGGAAGGGGAGGCCGCGGCCUACUUGUUUGUUUCGCCUCCUCCGUCCGGAGCGGGUUUUCCUGAGCGCGUAGGCUGGCCCGCGGUCAGUGACUGAGGAGGAUGGGCUGCCUGGGGAACAGCAAGACGGAGGACCAGCGCAACGAGGAGAAGGCGCAGCGGGAGGCCAACAAGAAGAUCGACAAGCAGCUGCAGAAGGACAAGCAGGUGUACCGGGCCACGCACAGGCUGCUGCUGCUGGGUGCCGGGGAGUCGGGGAAAAGCACAAUUGUGAAGCAGAUGAGAAUUCUCCAUGUGAAUGGAUUUAAUGCGGAGGAGAAGAAGAUAAAAAUUCAAGAUAUUAAGAAUAACAUUAAAGAGGCCAUCGAAACCAUAGUAACGGCAAUGUGCUUCCUGUCGCCUCCAGUGGAGCUAGCAAAGCCUGACAACCAGUUUCGAAUUGAUUACAUUACAAACUUACCGAGUCACAAGGAUUUUGACUUCCCAUCGGUACGGGGACAAUCUCAGGUGUACUAUCAUAGAGACUUUCCAGAAUCCAAAUCACCGGAAUUCUAUGAACAUACAAAAGCUCUCUGGCAAGACGAAGGGGUGAAAGCCUGCUACGAAAGAUCGAAUGAAUAUCAGCUAAUCGACUGUGCGCAGUAUUUUCUAGACAAAAUUGACAUUGUGCAACAGAAUGACUAUACACCAACUGAUCAGGAUUUACUACGAUGCAGAGUUCUGACAUCAGGAAUAUUUGAAACCAAGUUUCAGGUUGACAAAGUGAACUUUCACAUGUUUGAUGUCGGCGGCCAACGCGAUGAACGCAGAAAAUGGAUCCAGUGCUUUAAUGAUGUGACUGCGAUUAUAUUUGUGGUUGCCAGCAGCAGCUAUAAUAUGGUGAUCCGGGAGGACAAUCAGACCAACAGACUCCAGGAAGCGCUAAACCUCUUUAAGAGCAUCUGGAACAAUAGGUGGCUACGGACCAUUUCAGUCAUUCUCUUCUUGAAUAAACAAGACUUACUUGCAGAGAAGGUUUUGGCUGGCAAAUCGAAAAUUGAGGACUACUUUCCAGAUUUUGGUCGUUACACAACCCCAGAUGAUGCAAUUCCAGAACCCGGGGAGGACCCGAGAGUCACAAGGGCCAAGUAUUUUAUUAGAGAUGAAUUUCUUAGAAUCAGUACAGCAAGCGGGGAUGGGCGGCACUACUGUUACCCUCACUUCACGUGUGCAGUUGAUACAGAAAAUAUUCGAAGGGUUUUUAAUGAUUGUCGGGACAUUAUCCAAAGGAUGCACCUCCGUCAAUACGAACUGUUGUGAUGGAGAAAUUCUAAAAGAAAAAAAAUCCGCCCCCCCCCUUUUUUUUUUUUUUUUUUUUUUUUUAUUAUUCCCUGGACUCUUAAUUCAAUAAAAAAAAUGAAACCACAAAGAUCCCCACACAAGCGUAAAAACAAAGGGGAUGGGGAAACAAUCCACCCACGAAGGGAUGGAAAAACUGUGUGCAAUCUCCCUCUCCAGCUUGCACCUAUUUUUUGUUUUUGGUUUUCCUUUUUUUUUUUUUUUUGCUCCUGUUUCCUUGCUGUCGGGAAAUUUGUGGAACUGUUAGCUUGCUUGCCCCCUCAUUCCCCCUCUGCCCUGAGACAGCACGGGCUGGCGCCAAAUGUACCCUUCACUUAUGGACUCUCAUCCUUCACCUGAUUGCCCCACCCCUUUUUAAAAUGCCAAUGUUAAAUGCAGUGCGUGUGGAGGAUUUUGACUUCAUAUAAUGUGUACACGUGUGUCUGGAAGAGGUCUGUGCAGUGGGCUGGAGACUGUACUGAUUAUUUCCAUCCCUCAAUGCGGGGCCUAAUUCUUUCCUCCUUGACAAGUCACCCAUUAUAUCAACUUUGUAUUCCUUCACUGCAUUGCUGACCGCCGACUGAAGAAGGACACUCGACUCUUGACUGUAAUAUUGUGUCUUGAUAUUACGGAGCUGGGAGGCUCCCUGCCAUCACUGGGAGGGCAGUGGCAAGAGAUUUUAUGCCUUUAACAAGGGUGCCAUUUUUUCUUUUUUUCUUUUUUUUU